AUGCCUCUCACCGGCCGUGCUCUCAAUUGGGCCAUUACAGCCGUCGCCGGCUCUGGAUUUCUCUUGUUCGGUUAUGGUGCGUCUGGCAUACUCACCUUUAUCAAAGCUGGGAAAGGCUCACACAAUCUCUCCAAUUUGCAGACCAAGGUGUAAUGUCCGGCCUCCUUACAGGCCAGGCAUUCACUUCACAGUUCCCCUCCAUCGAUACAACAGCCGCUACCGGAUCAUCCAAGAAUUCCUCCCUACAAGGGACCGUAGUCGCCAUAUACGAGAUAGGCUGUUUCUUCGGCUCCCUAUUCUGCUUGUUCGCCGGUGAGAGAUUGGGGAGGAAGAAUUGUAUCUGGCUAGGAUGUGUCGUUCUGGCCAUCGGAGCGGCGCUGCAAGCUAGUGCUUAUGGAACUCCGCAAUUGAUCGUAGGUCGUAUUGUUGCAGGCUUGGGCAACGGCGUUAAUACGAGCACAAUUCGUGAGUUUAGCAUCGCGAUUCGGGAUAGGAUGAGGGAAUGAUGCUGACGGUGUCUAUCAGCGGUAUGGCAUUCCGAGCUCAUGAAAGCGGAAAAGAGAGGCAAAGGCUUGUCCACGGAAUUGGCCAUCAACAUUUUUGGCGUGAUGACAGCCUACUGGGUUGACUACGGCAUGUCCUUUGAAGACAGCGAAGCACAAUUCAGGUUUCCACUGGCACUGCAGAUACUCUUCGUAGUGUUUACAUUUGUGGGGUUGUUGUUCCUGCCGGAGUCGCCGAGAUGGCUAGUGGCCCACGAUCGAUCCGAAGAGGCGCGAGUAGUCCUGCAGCGGCUACGUCUUCCUUCGGAGCCUGAGAGGGUCGGGACAGAUCUUGCACAGAUUCAUCACGCGAUUGAAGAAGAGCGUGCUGCUGCGGAAGGCAGCACUUUCAAGGCGCUGCUGAAAGAUGGGCGCCAAAGAUUCAGAUAUCGGACGUUGUUGGGCAUUGGCGGGCAGUUCAUGCAGCAGCUUUCCGGUGAGAAGCGGAUUGAUGGAGCGUCAGCAGAGACGGGUACUAACGCCAUUCUCAGGCAUCAAUCUCAUCACAUACUACGCGCCGAUUAUCUUCGAACAGUCGGUCGGCCUCUCAUCUAAGCUCUCGCUUCUUCUGGCAGGCUUCAACGGAGUGGCAUACUUCUUCUCGUCCCUCGUGCCAAUCUGGGUUCUCGACCGGCUGGGCCGCCGCAAAUUGAUGCUCUUUGCCUGUGCCGGCCAAGCAUGCUGUAUGGCCAUACUGGCCGGGACGGUCUGGGAUGGAAGUACGGCCGCUGGAAUUGGUGCUACAGUAAUGCUGUUCCUGUUCAACUUCUUCUUCGCAGUGGGACUUCUGGCGAUCCCGUGGCUGCUUCCUGCUGAGUAUGCUCCUCUCGCGAUAAGGACGAGAGCGGCAGCGUUAUCCAGUGCAAGCAACUGGAUCUUCACCUUCUUGGUCGUGGAGAUUACCCCGGUGAGUAUUUCGAAUAUCGGAUGGAAGACAUACGUCUAUUUCGCCAUCUUCAAUGCCUUCUUUCUGCCGCUGAUCUGGUGAGUCUCUCCAAGCACAGCACUUCCCGCAUGGCGUGGGAGAGCUGACGAACACGUGCAGGUUCUUCUAUCCCGAGACUCAGAACCUCAGCCUCGAAGAGAUCGAUCGGCUGUUCACUGGUGACGCGGUGGUGAUGCACAUCAAGCAUGUGGUGAGAGACAUUGAGAUCGCGGAGGUCAUUGCCGGUCCCGGUGUUGGGUUGGAGGAGGAGAAGGCGAUGAUGACGGUGGAUCUUGUCGAUAGAGUGUGA